AAUGGCGCUCUGAUGAAUGAAUGAAUGAAUAUCAAGUUGACGAAAUAAUAAAGGAAUUACAGAUCUACGUGAUUGCUGAUUAAGAAAUCCCGAUUAGAUCUUCAUGAAACGUAAUUGAUCAGAUCUUCGUGAUUACUGAUCUUUAAUCCUGAUCAGAUCUCGUGAUUGAUCAGAUCUUCGUGAUUGCUGAUCGUAAAUCCUGAGUAUCUCAUUUAGAUAACCGUCAUCCAUUAAAAAGAAUUCACAAAGAUGAGUAACGGCUUCUACGAGCAGAACGUCAACGGUGAUGUAAACCCAAAUAUUACACCAGACAAACAAGGUUUGUUGAAUGGAGACCAAGCACCAGAAUAUACCCCACUUGCCAAUUCUACCCCAGCUAAAACACACAAUGCUGAGUAUGGGUCUCCACAGGAAAAGGAUGGUCUCCUACCAGUACAACUUGGUCCAGGUUGGGAGGACAAGAAGCUCCCCGAAGAUGAGUUGAAUUUCAAAAAUAUAAGCAGCUCUGAGGAUUCUAGCAGUGAUGGAGAAGCUCCCUAUGACAAAUUCAAAUUGGUCUAUUUCAUUCUACUGCUUCAUGGUAUUGGUACUCUGAUGCCUUGGAACAUGUUCAUCACUGCUCAGUCUUACUUUGUUGACUACAAACUGAACACUACAGCGAGUCAGGGGACAGAAUAUGCAGCCAACUUCCUCAGUUAUGUUGGUAUAGCAGCCCAGGUCCCCAAUGUCAUUCUCAAUGGAGUAAACCUCUUCUGUCAAUGUGGAGGAGGGAGCCUUGGGAAGAGGAUUGUAUGGUCAAUCAUAGUUGUCAUAUUGUGCUUCAUAUUAACAGUCAUCCUAGCAAUCGUAGACUCAAGUGAAUGGCCAGGUCUUUUCUUUGGCGUUACAAUGGGAACAGUAGUAGUUAUUAACAUGGCUAAUGGAAUCUACCAGAACUGUGUUUAUGGAACCGCAGCUAUCCUUCCAAUGAAAUACACCAAUGCUGUAGUAUUGGGAUCAAAUAUCAGUGGUACAAUCACUUCACUAAUCUUCAUCCUAUCUAUAGCCACUUCUCCUAACCUUAGGACAUCAGCUAUAUAUUACUUCAUCUCCGCCAUCUUUGUGCUGUUGCUGGCAUUCGACACAUACUUCGCACUCCCUCUGCUCAAGUUUUACAGAUUCUACAAGAAGAAGGCAGAAACAUCAAAGAACGUCAGCGUAGAGGAAGGAGAGGUUGCAAUCUCUAGCCCACCACCUUACUUCCAUAUAUUUAAACAGACAUUUAAACAGAUGUUCAGUAUAUUCUUCACAUUCUUUGUGACGUUGACAAUCUUCCCAGCCAUACAAGCAGAUGUCAAGAAAUCAGAUCCUGCAUUCUUCAUACCAGAUGAAUAUUUCACUCCAGUCACAUGUUUCUUGUUCUUCAAUGCAUUUGCUGUGCUUGGUAACCUCACCACUGAGUGGGUCAGAAAGCCUGGACCUAAAUAUCUUUGGAUAGCCGUAUUGAUUCGUGGUGUGAUCGCUAUUCCAUUCUUUAUGCUUUGCAACUACCGCCCCGCCACUCGGUCAUUUCCUGCGUAUAUUAGUGGCCUUUGGGGAGACUAUGUGUAUAUGGUUGGCGGCAUCCUCAUGGCAUUAACCAGUGGUUAUUUCAGUUCACUUGGCAUGAUGUACGCACCAAGGACCGAAACAUUAGACACAAAACAUGCGGGUGUGGCAGCCAUGAUGUCAGCUUUCUUCCUCGUCCUAGGAAUUAUGGGAGGUGUAUGGUUCUCAUUGGCUGUUGCAAAAUUUGUGGAAGGUGUUGGGCCAGGUCCCAUGUAGUGCAGUCCAGUAUAUGAUAACAUAGAAUAGUGUACAGGUAUCAAGGAUUUAAAUACACUUGUAGAACACCCUGAA